AGCUCCGAGCAAACAAGCUUGCCCUGUCAAUGGGGGAAAAAAAAGAACGAGGCAGUGGCAGUAGGCAACGAUUUAGGACGACUGAAAAGCUGUUGAAGUAAACUGUUUUUUUUUGGUGCAGAUUAAACAGUCAUGCCACCACAGCUAGUCAAAUAUAGAUGAAACUGCCUUGGAAACUUAUUUAUAACGAUGUAUUGUAUUUUGUUUUAAAAUGGCUGAGACGGGGAGGUGAGCUGGUGUUGCUUGUUUUUCGUUGACUGCAGCAGCAGCAGCAGCAGCGGCAGAGCCAACUUGCUUGGUUUAGCAAAGUAUCUUUGAUCCUCGUUGUAUUUUUUAUCUAUAUAUAAACGCGACAUUUGCAACAUGUCGACGACUAGCCCAGACGAAAGCACCGUGCGAGUGGCUUUGAGAAUUCGCCCUCAGCUAGCUAGAGAGAAGAUUGAGGGAUGUCACAUUUGCACCUGUGUCACCCCUGGUGAACCCCAGGUGAUUCUGGGAAAGGAUAAGGCAUUUACGUUUGAUUAUGUGUUCGACAUCGAUUCACAGCAAGAUGCCAUCUAUUCAGCCUGCACAGAAAAACUUAUUGAAGGCUGCUUUGACGGCUACAAUGCGACAAUAUUUGCAUAUGGCCAGACUGGUGCAGGGAAGACCUACACCAUGGGGACAGGAUUUGAUGUCAGCAUUGGAGAGCAUGAGCUUGGGAUUAUCCCCCGGGCUGUGAAGCACCUCUAUAAAGGAAUUGAUGAGCGGAAGCAGGCGGCCAUAGAGCAAGGACUGCCACCCCCGGAAUUCAAAGUCAACGCACAGUUCCUUGAGCUUUAUAAUGAAGAAGUACUGGAUCUUUUUGACACGACACGGGACAUUGAGUUAAGGAAGCAAAAAUCACACAUCAAAAUACAUGAAGAUGCUAAUGGGGGAAUUUAUACUGUUGGUGUUACAACACGUACUGUGAACACAGAAGCAGAGAUGAUUCAGUGCUUGAAGCUCGGUGCCCUGUCUCGUACCACAGCCAGCACUCGGAUGAACGUCCAGAGCUCUCGUUCUCAUGCCAUCUUCACUAUCCACUUGUGUCAAGUGCGGGUUUGUGCGAAUGCAGAAAAUCAGGAUAAUGAGACAGAUAACAGGAUAAUGGAUGGAUCUUCCCAGAUGAAUGAGUUUGAAACCCUCACUGCCAAAUUCCAUUUUGUUGACCUGGCGGGUUCAGAGAGAUUAAAGAGAACAGGAGCAACAGGGGAAAGAGCCAAGGAAGGAAUUUCAAUCAAUUGUGGGCUGUUAGCACUUGGGAAUGUUAUCAGCGCACUUGGAGAUAAAAGUAAGAAGUCCUCUCAUGUGCCUUACAGAGAUUCUAAGCUUACCCGCUUACUGCAGGAUUCACUUGGAGGAAAUAGCCAAACCGUUAUGAUAGCAUGUAUCAGCCCAUCUGACAGAGAUUUCAUGGAAACCCUGAACGCGCUGAAGUAUGCGAACCGAGCCCGAAACAUCAAGAACAGAGUGAUGGUGAACCAGGACAAGGCCAGCCAGCAGAUCAGUGCUCUUCGGACUGAGAUUGCACGGCUGCAGAUGGAGCUUAUGGAGUACAAGACGGGUAAAAGAAUAAUAGGAGAAGAUGGAAUGGAUAGUGUUAAUGACAUGUUCCAUGAGAACUCAAUGCUCCAGACGGAGAGCAACAACCUGAGAAUUCGGAUUAAAGCUAUGCAAGAGACCAUUGAUGCACAGAGAGCUAGACUCACCCAGCUCUUGAGUGACCAGGCUAACCAGGUGCUAGCUAAUGCAGGUGAAGGAAAUGAAGAAAUAGGCAACAUGAUAAAGAAUUACAUCAAAGAAAUAGAAGACCUCAGGGCUAAGCUGUUAGAAAGUGAGGCUGUGAACGAGCAUCUUCGAAAAAAUCUUUCAAGAGCCUCCUCAAGAUCUCCUUUUUUUGGUGGGCCAGCUUCAUUUUCCACGUCUGUGAUGGAGCCAGAGAAAGAAGCCACAGAAAUCAUUGAACUGGCGAAGAAAGAUUUGCUAAAACUCAAGAAGAUUGAGAAAAAGAAAAAGAAAAGGCUUCAGCAGCUUGAGGAAAGCAGACAAGAAGAAGAAGAAGAAAGUGUUAUUAAAGAGGAGUGUCCUGACAAUGAGCAAGACAGAAGGGGUGAAAAAGAAGCAUCAGAAGAAGUAGAAAUGGAAGGACAGGAAGCCAGCGAUCAUGAAGAGGAAGAGGAUGAUGAGGAAGAGGACGACAUGGAUGCGGAAGAAAGUUCGGACGACUCCGACUCUGAACUGGAUGAGAAAGCCAACUUCCAGGCAGAUCUGGCGAAUAUCACAUGUGAGAUUGCUAUUAAGCAGAAGCUAAUUGACGAACUGGAAAACAGCCAACGACGGCUUCAUACCCUAAAACAGCAGUAUGAACAGAAACUAAUGAUGCUUCAGAGCAAAAUCUUGGACACCCAACUAGAGAGGGAUCGUGUUCUGCAGAAUAUGGGCUCAAUGGAGACAUAUUCUGAAGAAAAAGCAAACAAAAUCAAGGUUGAAUAUGAGAAGAAAUUAAGUAGCAUGAACAAAGAAAUGCAAAAGUUGCACUCGGCCCAGAAAGAACAUGCCCGGCUAUUGAAGAAUCAAUCUCAGUAUGAGAAGCAUCUGAAGAAGCUGCAGCAGGAUGUGUCAGAAAUGAAGAAAACAAAGGUCCGUCUAAUGAAACAAAUGCGCGAAGAGCAAGAAAAAAACAGGGCGGCAGAAUCAAGAAGAAAUCGUGAGAUAGCCACACUGAAGAAGGAUCAGCGAAAGCAAGAACAUCAGCUACGGCUCCUGGAGGCCCAGAAGCGUCAACAAGAGUUAAUUCUCCGCAGGAAAACAGAAGAGGUGACGGCCCUACGUCGACAAGCGAGACCCGUGUCUGGAAAAGUGAACCGGAAAUUGAGCCUACCUGAGCCUGUUCAGGAUCCUGCUUCAAACACAAUGCGGGUUCCUGCAGGCAGGAUGCAAGCUUCAGGGCUGACAGCACCAUCUAAUGGAACCAGGAAGACGUAUCAAAGGAAAUUUGUAAGCGUUUACUCCUCAAAGGCAGCGAGGAUGAAAUGGCAGUCUCUGGAGCGCAGGAUGACCGAUAUCAUCAUGCAGAGAAUGACUAUUGCUAACAUGGAAGCAGACAUGAACCGCCUCUUAACGAAACGUGAAGAGCUAACCAAAAGAAGGGAAAAGAUUUCAAAGAAGAGAGAUAAGAUUGCUACAGAGGGUGUUGAGGCAGAUAAAGCCGUACUCUCUAUAAACGAAGAGAUGGAAUCACUGACUGCAAAUAUAGAUUACAUCAAUGACAGCAUUUCAGACUGCCAAGCCAACAUAAUGCAGAUGGAGGAGGCAAAGGAAGAAGGAGACACGGUUGAUGUUACAGCAGUGAUCAAUUCCUGCACUUUGACAGAGGCGCGCUAUCUCCUUGAUCACUUCCUUUCAAUGGCCAUUAACAAGGGUCUGCAAGCGGCCCAGAAGGAAGCUCAGAUUAAGGUUAUGGAAGGCCGACUAAAGCAAACAGAGAUAAACAGUGCUACUCAGAACCAGCUCCUGUUUCACAUGCUGAAGGAGAAGGCAGAGUUUAACCCUGAAUUGGAUGCUUUGCUGGGUAACGCAUUACAAGAGCUAGGUAGCAUACCAGUGGAAAAUGGAGAUGAAAGCAGCAGUGAUGAAUCAGCCCACAGCCCUGCCACAGAAGGAAGUUCAUUAACAUCUGACCUCAUGAAGCUCUGUGGGGAAUCCAGACCAAGAAAUAAGGCGCGAAGAAGGACAACUACGCAAAUGGAGUUGCUCUAUGCCGACAGUAGUGAACCACCCUCUGAUACUUCUGCAGGGGAUUUCUCUGUACCUCUAAUGCCUGUAGCAGAAGGGCAAGAGACUGGGAGGGACACUGAGAAUAUUGGUGUGUCUGCUAGGGAAAAAGAGCUUGUGCCUCCACCAUCUGGCUUGCCUUCUAAGCUGGGCAGCAUUUCCAGACAGUCUUUGAUGACAGAGAAGAGAGCGCCUGAGCCAUCACCUUUGACCAGAAGAAAGAUCUAUGACAAGGGUCAGUUAGCAGUGGACAAAAUCAAGAGCAAGGAAACAAAACUGUCUGAUGAAAAUGAUUCCUCUCUGUCAGAGGUACACAGGGGUGUAAUCAAUCCAUUCCCUGCUUCAAAAAUCAGGAGUACUCCUCUGCAAUGUAUCCACAUAGCUGAAGGACACACUAAAGCCGUUCUCUGUGUAGAUUCAACAGAUGAUCUGCUUUUUACUGGAUCUAAAGAUCGCACUUGUAAAGUUUGGAAUUUGGUGACUGGACAAGAAAUAAUGUCUCUUGGAGGCCACCCUAACAAUGUGGUAUCUGUGAAAUACUGCUCCAGCCUGGUCUUCACAGUCUCCACAUCUUAUAUUAAGGUGUGGGAUAUAAGAGAUUCUGCUAAAUGUAUACGGACUCUAACUUCUUCAGGCCAGGUGACACCCGGAGAUGUUUGUGCAGCCAGCACUCACAGGACUGUUACAAUUCCUGCUGGAGAAAACCAGAUCAAUCAAAUUGCACUGAACCCAACUGGCACUUUCCUGUAUGCCUCAGCAGGAAAUGCAGUGAGAAUGUGGGAUCUCAAGAGGUUUCUGUCUACAGGCAAACUGACUGGUCAUAUUGGACCUGUCAUGUGUCUUACUGUUGACCAGACUGGGAAUGGACAGGAUUUAAUCAUUACUGGGUCAAAAGAUCAUUACAUAAAGAUGUUUGAUGUAACAGAAGGGGCUCUGGGGACAGUCAGCCCAACACACAACUUUGAGCCCCCACAUUACGAUGGUAUUGAGUCUCUGGUGAUUCAGGGAGACAGCCUCUUCAGUGGAUCCAGAGACAAUGGCAUUAAGAAAUGGGACCUUUCUCGCAAAGACCUCCUCCAGCAAGUUCCAAAUGCCCACAGAGACUGGGUCUGUGCUUUGGGGGUUGUGCCUGGCUGCCCUGCUCUUCUAAGUGGGUGUAGAGGAGGUGUCCUCAAGCUGUGGCAUGUAGACACGUUUUCACCACUGGGGGAAAUGAAGGGACACGAUAGUCCUAUAAAUGCUAUCUCCACCAACUCCAGCAACAUAUUUACAGCAUCAGAUGAUCACACAGUGAAAAUAUGGCGAGCCCGAGGUAGUCUCGAUGGACAGGCUUCUGAUGCUACCGACGCAACCGAUGAAGUUGGCAGCAACUAAACUGGAAAAAGGAAGACCUCCUGAAGAUACUGUGAAAGGCAUGCCGCACUCUAUGCACUUUGCUGUGAGACAGUGAGGAAUCUGUGAUAACUGGAAUGAAGACAACUGAAACUCAUCUGCUUACUGACUAAGGGUUACUGUUCUUCAGUGCUGUACUUCAAGGCAUCUAUAUUCAAUUAAAAAAAAAAAAAAACCUCUAGUUUCUUCCUCCAGCUUCCCAACACUGUUAGAAAAUAGUUUCUGAGUGCAGACUCAAUGGUUAUAACUGCGGUAGACCACUAUAAGUAGUACUAGCUUUUGGCAUUUACAGUAGUCAAUAAUGCUUUAACAAUAUAGAUGAAAGGGAGUUCUUACUCAGCAUAUGUGCACUGAAAGCAGAGCUUUGGUAAUCCAUAAUUCUUUUAUCCUUAAGCUGGUCUUCAUGGAGGAAAAUAAGUUGUGUGGUUUUCAAAAGAGAUUAUAUUCAAAGUUAUUACUGGGAACAGCUUAAUGUCAAGUGAAAUAUCCUUAUAGUGGCUAUUUCUCAGCAAAUAAACAUAGAGCUCUGAAAUCUGUAAGAUGUGCUUUUGUGUUUGAAAGUGAUGGGUGACCAAAGUGUGUAAAACUGUUUUAGUCCUCAGCAGGCUACUAAUCCGUUACAUUCCAGUACUCGAUCCACUGGAGUUUCAUAGCAUACAGCUCUAGCAGCAUUUUUGCUUAUGUAUUUUAUUGUCUUACAAAUGUACCGUUCCUUCAUAACAACCUCUGUCUAAAUGUCACUUUGUGUUUGUCAACAUUAUUUUAACUUUUUGUUUGUUUUAUUUUUGUCUGAGCUGAUUUUAAAACUGUCCUGA